AUGGCUGCAAGUGAAGUCUUCCGGUCCGCUGUGGUAGCCGUCUACUUUGAGCAGGAGCGUGCCAACCGAGAGUGGGCGGACUACCGAAAGGAGAAGCGUCGUCAGUGUAGCGAUACCUGCCGACGCAUGGCCCAGCGCUGGCAAAAGCAGCAGAAGCGAAAAGCAGGGUCACCAGGCGCACCAGCCCACCCCCUGGCCACCGGCGAGUCCAAGGCGAUGCUGUCCGUGGAGAUUCCUCCAUCGCCCAGGGCUGCUUCAGACAUCUCCUCCAUUGAUGAUCCGUUGUCCCCGAGCUCCAAGCCGACCCCGGCACCGACGCCGCGGGUGCUGCGCUUCGAGGCGCGCUGCGCUGCCAGAAGGCGGCAAGGUCUUCUAAACCUCAAGCCAAGCAGCGUUGCCCAGCUACAAGAGGAGUUCCUCAAGCAUCAGCAACAGCGGGAAUCAGUGGCAGAUGACAGUGGCUCCGACGAGGAAUCCCAGCCCGCAAGCCCGACGGGCUCCUGGCCACUCCUGGCGCGGUCGGAGUCCUGGUCCGUGUGCCUCACCCUCAGCAGGAAGCACAAGGUCCCGGUGCAGGAGGUUCGAGAAAUCAUGACCGACUUUAACGCGUUGGACAGCGACGGCAAGGGCUGGUUGUCGCGGGAGGAGUUCGUGGAGGCGAUCCGCCUCAAAGCUAGUCUCCCCAUGGGCGCACCUGUGGCCCUUGAAGCCGUUUUCAGUCUGGAUCAGGACUUGUUGGCAGAGGCUUUGAUCCACAGGGGCGAGGACGAUGUCGGCAUGCUCUAUGAGGCAGCCCAUGCGGCCAUGCAGGACCUCAGGGGCAACAGCUACCAGCUGGUCGUUGACGUGACAGGAUCUAGGCGUCUGGUUGCCUCGGCCGCCUACGUUGUUCCUGCCCCCUCUCAGCCCAGUGCCUCGGCCCCAGCGACAGCAGCAGUCAUCCAGCCAGCGCCUAUGCAGACCAACUCAGCCACACACAGGGUCAGCAAGUCUUGGGCCAAGGGCAAGAGCAAGGGUGCAACACAGCCGGCGCCGCAGGUGCCGCAGCCGCCUGUUCCUCAGCCGGUGCUAGUUUUGGGGCCGGCCGUGCGCCCACCUGCUCAGGUGGCACAGGCGCAACCAGGGGCGCAGUCAGUAAUGCCAGUCCCUCCCCCGCCCGUGCCAGCCAGACCUCAGUGGCCAAGCAACAUGGUUGUUUGGUUUGCAGGAACGCCAGUGACACUAGUCGGGGCAGUUGGCAGAAGGGGCCAAUUGCCGCCAGGGCCCCCUUACGACCAGUACCUCCCCCUCAAUCCCAACAGAUCCAGUCGACUCAGCCGCGAGUACAGGGAGCGAGGGUAUGCUCGACAGUUACUGCUUCUUGCCGUGCCCGGGCUGCGGGCGAUAUGCCUGCAGCAGGCCAGUCACCUUCCAGCCGGGUGA